GUUGAUGGCUCUGGGCAGUGCCAUUCUACAGAUACUGUGAAGAAUACCCUCGAUCCAAAGUGGAAUCAGCAUUAUGACCUGCAGUGAAGGGCAAGCUGCACGAGUCCUGCUCACCCAAGGCCUGCACACAGGAGAGAAGCAGGAAAAGCGUUACAGUCAGCUUUUGCUCUCCAGCAUUUUAAAACAUAACAGGUACAUUGGAAAGUCUGACUCCGUUACGAUCAGUGUCUGGAAUCACAAGAAGAUCCAUAAAAAACAAGGUGCUGGCUUUCUUGGGUGUGUUCGUCUUCUUUCCAAUGCCAUCAACCGCCUCAAAGACACUGGCUAUCAGAGGUUGGAUCUAUGCAAACUUGGGCCAAAUGAUAAUGAUACAGUUAGAGGCCAGAUAGUAGUAAGUCUCCAGUCCCGAGACCGAAUAGGCACAGGAGGACAAGUUGUGGACUGCAGUCGUUUGUUCGAUAAUGAUUUGCCAGAUGGUUGGGAAGAAAGGCGAACUGCCUCAGGAAGAAUCCAGUAUCUAAACCACAUAACAAGAACUACGCAGUGGGAACGCCCAACACGGCCAGCAUCGGAGUAUUCUAGUCCUGGCAGACCUCUCAGCUGCUUUGUUGACGAGAACACUCCCGUUAGUGGAACAAAUGGAGCAACAUGUGGGCAGUCUUCUGAUCCCAGACUGGCAGAGAGGAGAGUCAGGUCACAGCGGCAUAGAAAUUACAUGAGCAGGACACAUUUACAUACCCCUCCAGAUCUACCAGAAGGCUAUGAACAGAGAACAACACAACAAGGUCAGGUGUAUUUCUUGCAUACUCAGACUGGUGUGAGCACGUGGCAUGAUCCAAGAGUGCCUAGAGAUCUUAGCAACAUCAAUUGUGAGGAGCUUGGUCCGCUGCCUCCUGGAUGGGAGAUCCGUAAUACUGCAACAGGCAGAGUUUAUUUCGUUGACCAUAACAACAGAACAACACAGUUUACAGAUCCUCGGCUCUCUGCUAACUUGCAUUUAGUUUUAAAUCGUCAGAACCAGUUGAAGGACCAGCAGCAGCAGCAGGUGGUAUCAGUGUGCCCUGACGACACGGAGUGUCUGACAGUCCCGAGGUACAAGAGAGACCUGGUUCAGAAACUUAAAAUUUUGCGCCAAGAGCUUUCCCAGCAACAGCCUCAGGCAGGCCACUGCCGCAUUGAGGUGUCCAGGGAGGAAAUUUUUGAGGAAUCAUAUCGACAGGUCAUGAAAAUGCGUCCAAAAGACCUGUGGAAGCGAUUAAUGAUAAAAUUUCGUGGAGAAGAAGGCCUUGACUAUGGAGGGGUUGCCAGGGAAUGGUUGUAUCUCUUAUCUCAUGAAAUGUUGAAUCCAUACUAUGGCCUUUUCCAGUAUUCAAGGGAUGAUAUCUAUACGUUACAGAUUAAUCCUGAUUCUGCUGUUAACCCGGAGCAUUUAUCCUAUUUCCACUUCGUCGGCCGGAUCAUGGGAAUGGCUGUGUUUCAUGGACAUUACAUUGAUGGUGGCUUCACCUUGCCUUUUUACAAACAGUUGCUUGGGAAGUCGAUUACUUUGGAUGACAUGGAGUUAGUUGAUCCAGAUCUUCAUAACAGUUUAGUGUGGAUACUUGAGAAUGAUAUUACAGGUGUCUUGGACCAUACCUUUUGUGUUGAACAUAAUGCAUAUGGUGAAAUUAUUCAACAUGAACUUAAACCAAAUGGCAAAAGUAUCCCAGUAACUGAAGAAAACAAAAAAGAAUAUGUCAGGCUCUAUGUGAACUGGAGGUUUUUACGAGGCAUUGAGGCUCAAUUCCUGGCUCUGCAGAAAGGAUUUAAUGAAGUAAUCCCCCAGCAUCUGUUGAAGACAUUUGAUGAAAAGGAGUUAGAGCUCAUCAUUUGUGGACUUGGGAAGAUAGAUGUUAAUGACUGGAAGGUGAACACCCGGUUAAAACACUGUACACCAGAUAGCAACGUUGUGAAGUGGUUCUGGAAAGCUGUGGAGUUUUUUGAUGAAGAGCGAAGAGCACGGCUGCUUCAGUUUGUGACAGGGUCAUCUAGGGUGCCUCUGCAAGGCUUCAAGGCUUUACAAGGUGCUGCAGGCCCACGGCUCUUCACAAUACACCAGAUUGAUGCCUGUACCAACAACCUGCCAAAAGCUCACACUUGCUUCAAUAGAAUUGACAUUCCACCCUAUGAAAGCUACGAGAAGCUGUAUGAAAAGCUGCUAACAGCCAUCGAAGAAACAUGUGGAUUUGCUGUGGAAUGAUGACAUCCAGGAUGACCCCAGGACUAUUUUAUGCCCCUGAUCAACAGCCUCCUUUCAGCAAAGUUUUGAAGAAUGCUGAAAUACAGAACUCCCAUCCCCCUACCCCCUUUUUAAUUUUAGGACACUGUGAGGGGAAAGGACGAUUUUGAAAUUCCUUUUUGAGGGGAAAAAAAAGGUCUUUAUGCUUUGCCAUGAGGCCACAUUCAGCUGCUAUUUAAAAUUGAUAUCUUGAACCUAAAGAAUGCUGACUUUUCCUACAUUUCCAGAGUUAGGCAGUAUUCGACACGUAAAGACUACUACUAUUUUUAUAAAAGGUAAUCUAUUCAAAUCGCUUCACAGAUUUCAAGUUUCUGAACCAUCAAGACAACUUCAGCGGUCGGUACAAGUCACGUUUCAGUUUAAUUGGAUACAUGAUUUUUAACAGCUCCUGUACUUGCUCUUUGUAAAAAUAAAAUAAAUUUAUUUUGGAUUAUUCUAACUUUGUAAAAAAAUUGGUUAAAAGAAUCAUCUUUUAUGAAAUUAAGCCACUUACAUGUUUAAUUACAGUUUUCCUAUAGCAAAGCAUUCUAUUUUGCAUUAUAUGUUUUAACCUAGCCUAAGUGAGUCUUUUUUAUAUUUUUCAAGCAUGAGUUUCUUGGAUUACAGCUGUAAAGAUUUGGGUGUCAAAAUCCUAAUGCAACCACUUAGUCUAAAUGUAUGCGUUUGAUACAAUAAGAAUCUGUGUUCAGGGGCUCCCUGUUUAAGAGACAUAAAAAUAACAGCAACAAAUACCAUUUUUUAAUCUGAAACCAAUAUGAUCAGGUGUUUUGGAUUUAUUUUUCAUCUUACAUAGAAAUACUGCAUUUUUUUAUAGCUCCUGAGAGCAUGUGGAUGGGAUGGGAAUGUCCAUUCUUUUUCUGGAUCAGCUUAUCUUCGAUAAAUACUAUUUCUAUAAACCAAAGUCUCCUAUGACAAAUGCACCUAAUUUAUACUCUUUUAAUUAAAGCAUCAGUUUCUAUGAAGUAAA